AUGGAGGACCGGAGAAACCCCUUUUGUUGUUAUGGAUGGGGAGGGCUCUUGGCCCUGAUAAUUGGUGGAUUCACCCUUGGGUACGGAUUCUCCCGAAAGAAUUUCUCAGCCCAUAGCAAGGGUCUCAUCAUCGCCGGAGGCGUCGCCAUCGGGGUCUUAUUUCUGGGCAUCAUCACCUGCAUUGUGGCCAGCUGGCGACGCAAGAGGCAGGCCGCAUUUGACGAAGAAGACCUUGUCUCAUCUGCGCCGAUGCGACGCCAGCCAAGCCAUGAGCCACCCAUGGUCGCCAACCCCCACAACCUACAUGGCGGUACGGGUACGGAUUCACAACGACUGGCAAACCAGCAGAGUGAUUCACAGCAAAAUGGCGUUGACGGCCUGCCCGAGAAGCCGCCGCCUGCAUAUUCGGAAUACCCCGAUGAUCGAGUCUACCGUGAUCAAAACCCAACGAGCCUGCUCAAUGUCUGA